AUGCAAGAUCCCAAUAUUUGCCAGCAUUGCCAGUUGAAGGAUAAUCCAGGCGCAUUAAUUUGGGUGAAGUGUGAUAGUUGCCCGCAGUGGGUCCACGUGAAAUGCGUGCCUUUGAAACGCAUUCACUAUUCAAAUCUUACAAGUUCUGAAGUUCUGUCUUAUCCAAAUUCUGCGAAGCAAAUCAAGAGCUACCGUUGUCCUAAUCAUAAGGAAGGAGAAUAUCUUACCGCAUACGCUCUCAUCACACAAAAAGGAAAGCGGCAAAGGAAUAAAGAAAACCCUGAAGAUAGUCAUAUAAAUAAGCGGUAUAAUUUCAGAAAGAAGAAAUUACUUGACUAUAUCGCUUUGAAUGAGGGUGAAUCGAAAAGGGAUAAAAUGAAUCACCCUCAUAAGGAGAGUUUCAUGAAAUCUUUUGAAAAAUGGAAAAAUGGCUCAAAUAUUAUAAACGCCGCUGACUUUGCUGAAAAGUUUGAUAAUAUAGAUGUGCCGUACAAGAUCAUCGAUCCACUGAAUAGCGGAGUAUAUGUACCGAAUGUGGGCACAGACAAUGGAUGCCUCACAGUUAAUUAUAUCACCGAAAUGAUAGGCGAGGAUUAUCAUGUUGAUGUAAUGGACGUUCAAUCACAAAUGAAUGAAAAUUGGAACUUGGGAUCUUGGAAUGAAUAUUUUACAAAUACUGAACCAGACAGGAGGGAUCGAAUAAGGAAUGUUAUAUCAUUAGAAGUCUCUAAUAUUGAGGGAUUAGAACUAGAGAGGCCCACUGCAGUUAGGCAGAAUGAUCUUGUUGAUAAAAUUUGGAGUUUCAAUGGACAUUUAGAAAAAGUCAAUGGGGAGAAGGCGGAGGAGAAUGACCCCAAGCCAAAAGUGACCAAAUAUAUUUUGAUGUCUGUAAAGGAUGCUUAUACGGAUUUUCAUUUGGAUUUUGCCGGUACCUCUGUUUAUUAUAACGUUAUCUCAGGACAGAAGAAGUUUUUAUUAUUUCCACCUACCCAAUCAAACAUAGAUAAGUAUAUUGAGUGGUCUUUAAAAGAAGACCAAAAUAGUGUUUUCCUCGGUGAUAUUCUUGAGGAUGGUAUUGCGAUGGAAUUAGAUGCUGGUGAUUUGUUUAUGAUUCCAGCUGGAUAUAUUCAUGCAGUUUAUACACCAGUAGACUCUUUGGUAUUUGGAGGCAACUUUUUAACCAUCCGUGAUUUGGAGACACACCUUAAAAUUGUGGAAAUUGAAAAGUUAACAAAGGUUCCUAGAAGAUUUACCUUCCCGAAGUUUGAUCAAGUGAUGGGUAAAUUAUGCGAGUAUCUUGCGCUUGAUAAAAAUAAAAUCACUAGUGAUGUCAGUGAUGGGGAUUUGCUUUCCAGGACCACUAAUUGCGCAAUUCAAUCACUUCAUGCAUACGUUAUAAAACCUGAAGUUAAGUACAAGCCGUUAAAUUUCACUUCAAAGAAGCAUUUAGCGAAAGCUUUAGCCGAUCUUAUUUCGUAA